AUGGGAAAUUUGAAGGAUGGAAACGUCCCUCGCCAAGCCCUUGUGAUCAUAGAGACUGUAGAGAAACUAGUUUUUGUUUUCCUGUUCUCGGGACCAGAUCUUACUCUUGUUUACCACGGGAGGUCAACUGCGGGCUUUAUGAACCCCCGACCACAAUGGAAAGGAUCAUUGGAUCGAUCCGACAAAUAUGGUCGUAUAGUGCUACUGUUUCAGUACGGUGUAAACCCGACUUAUACCGAAAUAGCGACGUAUCCGUUAACUCGAGGAGUGCGAUGCCCCGUUGAUUUGAUCGGUAAUGACAUGAAAAUAACGGCUAUGACUGGCGAUGAACCCGUAUUUGAGGUAGAAGCAACAAUUGCCUGUGCCAGGGGCUACAACAAAAUAAAUGGUACCGGUUUAUCGUCUUGUCAGGGAAACGGAACCUGGUCAGAAUUUGAUCUACAGUGUCAGAGAUUGGUGUGUCUAGGGAAUCCAAGAACACAAGAAAAUGCAAAGAUCGCAAGCCACAUACCGACAAACAGCUUUAAAGGGCAAACAUUGAAUUACUCAUGCAAUGAAGACCUGAAUUACUUUUACCAAAGCGGCCCAAUCUCAAGUGUAUGUGAAGAGAACAUGUUAGGAAGUCUAGAAUGGAUCAUGGCAGAUAUGAUAUGUGUUUAUAAAUGUUCCAGACCACCAGAAACGUUCCCAGGAACUAAAUACACAUUACAGUCUGUGGAAGGUCAGGUUUUUGACCUUGGAUACGAAGUAAUCUACUCGUGCUCUAUUAUUUUCUUAAGUUCUGUAACUACUGCUCAAUGUAAAACUUCCGGUUGGCAACUUGGAAAUGGUGUAGAUUUGCUGUGUGUAGUCGCUUAA